UUUUUUUAUGAAUCUGGCAAAUUAUUCGUACUUUGCUGGCAUGUGCAACAUGACCGCCGAGACGCAGCACUCGCCCGCAGAGGCCAGUCCUGUCGUCAUGUCCCCGAACCUGAGCUUGGACUCGCCGAUGCCUCCGCCACCGCUGAUGCUGCAGGCCCGGUCCAAGGACAACAUCCUGAUCAAGUCCGAGCCCAGGGGGAGCAGUCCCAGCGCGGAGGACGGAGCCGCUCCGGGCCAGACGGAGGAGCACCUGCCCACGGGCAGCCGGCGCAGGAAGCGGCCCGUUCAGAGGGGGAAACCCCCCUACAGCUACAUCGCGCUCAUCGCCAUGGCCAUCGCCAACUCCCCGGAGAGGAAGCUCACCCUGGGGGGCAUUUACAAGUUCAUCAUGGAGCGUUUCCCCUUCUACAGGGAGAACUCGAAGAAGUGGCAAAACUCCAUCCGCCACAAUCUGACCCUCAACGACUGCUUCGUGAAGAUCCCCCGGGAGCCCGGCAGACCCGGCAAGGGCAACUACUGGACGUUAGACCCCGCGGCGGAGGACAUGUUCGACAACGGCAGCUUCUUGAGGAGAAGGAAGCGGUUCAAGCGCACCGACGUGAGCACGUACCCCGGGUACAUGCAGAGCUCCAGCGCCUUCACCCCGACCCCGAUGGGCCGACCGUCGUACCCCAACAGCCUGUACGCGGGGAUAGGCUCCGGCUACGGCGCCCAGCUGACGGCGGCGUCGCCGCAUCCGGCCGUGCUGCAUCACUACCAAACGUCGUCCGGGCUCGGACAGGGGCAGCCGCGGAUGUUCAGCAUCGACAACAUCAUCAGCCAGCAGACGGUGGUGCAGGGCGGCCCGGGCGCAGAGCUCAGCUCUCAGCUCGGACUGGGCGGAGGCGACCUGGGCACCAUGACCUCCAGCUGCUCGGUCACGGGCACCGACCCGUCCGCGUGCUUCCAGGCCCAGACUGUCAAUCCGUCGGCGAACAUGCUGAGCAGGAACAGCGGGGGCGUCACCUCCACCUUGACAGCCGGGUACCCGUACGCGUCCCCGGCCUCUCCUCCAAACCUACCGCCGAUGACGCAGCCCGGCUUCUCCCCGGGGAACUCGCAGGUUUACUGCUCCGGCAACAGGCUCUCUCUUCCGGCGCUGCGCCCGAGCUCGUGCGCGGAGCACGCGGAGCCGCUGCUGGGCCUUUCCAGCCCCAUGAACUCCUACAACAACACCUACAUGAGACAAGCCAACUUUGCUUCAGGAUUAGAGCGGUACAUGUGAGACGUUCAUCAACAGAAAUGCUCCCCAUUCGUCACAGGCGGCCCCAAAAUGAAGAACCACAGGUUCAGUGGAUCAGGAUAGAUGAAACGUAAUAACUCAAAGGACUUUUAUAGACCUUGAUAUGACGACGCACAGUGACCGAGCCUCGUGAUAAAACAUUCCCAUUAAAAGCCAUUUGAUUCCGUUUCACACAUUCCAUAACUGUAUUUGAGGUAUUUCAUCGUGGCACGUGUUUAUAUUUGCCAUAGCGAUUAUCCACGUCUGCUGUUCAUUCGUGUAAGUUGUUUGUUGAUGUUUAUUAGUCAUUGCUCUCGAUAAUAAAUUCAUUUGUUUUUUUAAAUAAACGUGGUCUUUAUAUUUGUGAAAUGCGUUUGAUUACAGUGAUUCUUCCGUGUCGAUGACAGUGAAGUUUAUGAGUGAAUUUAA